AUGCCCCAAACACGCUUUAGCUUCUCCUCCGUCCACUGCGCCACGCCAGAGUUCCACCUUGGCCAAACUCUGUGCUGCCAAAACUGCACCAAAGGCCUCCAAGAUCCGCAAACUUUUCGGCUUGGAGAAGAAGGACCAGCAAUCGAUGAUGUGCGCCAGUUCGUGGUCCGUCGUGAAGUGAAGGAAGGCAAGAAGAGCAAGGCCCCGAAGAUCCAGCGCUUGAUUACUCCUCAACUGUUGCAGCGAAAGCGGUAUUUCAAGGCCCUCACCCGCAAGCGCAUGGAAGCAGGCAAGGAGGCCAAGGCAGCCUACCAGAAGCGCCUCUCUGAGUACCACCAUGAGCAGAAGGAGAAGCGCGCAGCGGAGCUGCAGAAGAAGAAGGCACCUUGUUGGGCCGACACGGCCGACACCACACACUUCAGUUCAAGGAUGUGGCAGAAGCGGCAAAAAACAUGUUAUAGCUACGUGAUGCUACGUGUGGAACUCAACGGCUUCAGUUUCCCACGGGACAUAUUCCCAUAG